AUGAAUGACAAAUCCAAUAUUGAUCAAGACGGCACGGAGGAGGCGGCGCAAACGACAUCGUCCUCUCGGGCCAGAGUCAAGGUCCAAGGGAACGAUGAUAGCCAAGCUGCCAAACGCCGCUGCUGCGACGGAAACCUCCCCAGUUGCGCCGCCUGUUUAUCAGUAUAUCAUACCCCAUGUAUCUACGAUCCGAAUUCAGAUCAUCGCAGGAAAGGGGUUUACAAGAAAGACAUUGACAACCUCCGGACACGCAACACCACGCUUCAGACGCUUAUCCAUGCGAUCUUAAACUAUGACGAGGAGAAUGCGAUCGAACUUGUCCGCCAAAUUCGCCUGUGCGAUAGUCUAGAGGAUGUAGCAGAUUCCAUAGUCAACCGAGAAAGAGGGUUGGCAUCUCUCCCUACAUAUCUUCAACAACGCGAACCACUUAUCGAAGAUGACCCAGAGGCAAACCAGUUUGAGUCCGAACUGUCAGGAAAGAUGAGUGAAUUGAUGCUUGAUGGCUCCGUCAAGUUCAUCGGCGGCACAUCCAACCUGAUGUUUCUCCCACCGGAUAUGCAACUAAAUGAAGAGAGCUCGUCGCUAGGCAUCCUGAAUACGGAAGAUGGAUCGCGAUUUUCUGUCGCCCAGUGGACAAGGGUCACUAAUGACGAGGCAUUGGUGAAGCACUUGCUGACCAUGUACUUCACUUGGCAUUAUGCAUACUUCACUACAUUGUCGAAAAGCCUCUUUUACCGAGACUUUAUACGAGGCCAUUCAAGUCAAUACUGCUCGUCUUUGUUGGUUAAUGCGAUGCUUGCAUUGGGUUGUCACUUUAGCUCGUGGUCAGGCGCUUUUGCAAACCCGCAAGACUCUGCAACAGCUGGUGAUCACUUUUUCAAAGAAGCCAAACGAUUAAUGUUAGAACAUGACGAACAUGAAAGGGCUAGACUCUGCACUGUGCAAGCACUAGCAUUGAUGUCUGUUAGAGAGGCUGGCUGUGGUCGCGAAGGCAAAGGUUGGGUGUACAGCGGCAUGAGCUUUCGGAUGGCUUAUGACUUGGGCCUUAAUGUCGAUGCUGCAUCUCUAGGCUCCAACAAGCUAAUGGAGGAAGACAUUGACGCGAGAAGAGUCACAUUCUGGGGCUGCUUUCUCUUUGAUAAAUGCUGGUCCAAUUAUCUGGGGCGACAGCCACAAUUAACAAUAUCCGAUGCUACCGUUCCUAAAUUCGAUGUGUUUCCUGCUGAAGAAGCGGAGCCAUGGAUACCGUACACGGAUUCCGGCCUCGGGCGAGAGCGUGCACAACCUGCGCGGACUAGAGCCGUGGCACUGCAGAUUUCGAAACUCUGCGAGAUCAGCAAUGACCUUCUCACCUUCUUCUAUCAUCCCGUUCCUACCGAGAAGCAGCCUUCACGGCAAGCCGAACUAUCGAAGCUAAGUGAUCUUCAUACCAGACUCGAAGCGUGGAAAAAAAGCCUCCCAGCGGAGAUGGAACCCAAAGACGGACAACUUCCACCAAUCCUCCUCAUGCACAUGUUUUAUCAGCUUUUGUUCAUCCAUCUCUACCGUCCAUUCCUGAAAUACACCAAGUCAACAUCGCCGCUACCACAACAUGUCUCGCCACGCAAAUUAUGUUCACAGGCUGCAGCUGCCAUAUCUAAACUUCUACGGAUAUACAAAAAGUCAUACGGCUUGCGUCAGAUUUGCAAUAUUGCGGUGUAUAUCGCGCAUUCAGCCUGCACAAUUCAUUUGUUGAAUCUGCCGGAGCGAAAUGCCAGGAGAGAUCUCAUUCAUGGCGUUCGAAAUCUCGAGGAAAUAGCAGAAGGUUGGCUUUGCGCUCGUCGCACCUUGCGGAUUCUGGACCUGUCUGCCAUUAAGUGGAAUAUUGAAGUGCCCAACGAAGUCACGUCGGUUUUCGACCGAACUCGCAACAAAUGGGGCUCUUGGGGGUCUUGGGACCAAGUUACUUCUCCUAGUGUGUCGGAUGACUCGCCGACAAUAGCCAAAGCUGCUAUACCUUUGCCUGUAGCAGCAAGUCAAAACCCAGACGGUGUCUCUCCGUCAGCAUCGUCAAAUAUGCACCCACAACAGCCACAACAGUCACAACAACAACAACAACCGCCGCUGCAGCCGACUACAUUCCUCCCCAAGAGACAAACAACCUAUCCGACAGCACCAACAAUACAACACCAAAUGGCCGCAAAUGCAAGCAUCACUCAUGCACACUAUCCUGAACGGAUGGAUAGUCUUCCGUAUGAAAAUUACCCCCCAACCUCAGCCCACUCCUCGCCGCCCACCAACAUGAACCAUCUUCACCCCAAUCAAAACACGAAUUACCCUCGGGCCGACAGCGGAUUCCAAUCACAUCAUCACCACUAUCAGAACCAACAUCAACAACAAGACAUGAUGAACAAAAUGAGUCAGAGUCAUCAGGACACAUCCUGCGACAACUCGAACAGCAGCAACAGCCCGGCAGCCCUGAGCGGCACACCACCAAUGCCCGUCUUCAACGGACUAGCCGACAGCCUCAUGGAAGAGAACCAAGACUGGUGGAUGCGCGACCAAAGUGCCUUGGCAUUAGGACUUGAGAAUUGGGGCGAAGGAUGGGCUGGCAACCAAUUCGUGACUCUUAACGUUCCUCCUCCCGAUAUGCAUCCCUCCCAACAGCAACAACAACAUGCUCAUGCUACGGCCAACCUGCAGCAACAUCUUACGGGAAACGUUCAAGGAGCUAAACAGGGUUAUGGAUAUGCGAAUAUGCCCCCGUCAGGUUAUUGA